CCAGCACCUGAAAAAGCUACAGGAAAGCUGGGGAGGGGCUAUUCAUAAAGAGUUGUGGGCAGGGCUGGAACAGAUGACGCCGGGAGAGGCUGCCGAGCUCCUGUCCAGCCCCCGGCGAGCCGCGCUGGGAGCCGGGCGGCAGCAUGGACCUGCCGCUGGACCUGAACGUGGCCGUCACGCUGCUCUUCACCUUCCUCGCCCUCUUCCUCGCCUCCGUCUUCAUCAGGCUGCGGGGCGGCGGCACCGGGGCGGCACCGGGGGGCGAGGGGAACCGCCUGCCCGUGGAGGAGGUCGGGGAGGGCGAGGAAGGGAAGGAGGCGGCUGGAGAGCCGCCUGAGGAGGCGGCAGAGCAGAGCCCCGCCACCCCGAGCAUCCCCGCAGCCGAUCCGAGCAUCCCUUCGGUCGCCCCGAGCAUUCCCGCCACCCCGAGCAUCCCUUCGGCCGCUCCGAGCAUCCCCCCGGCAUCGAGCAUCCCCUCGGCUGCUCCAAGCAUCCCCCGGGCAUCGAGCAUCCCUUCGGCCACCCCGAGCAUCCCCCCGGCAUCGAGCAUCCCCCCACCAAGGGACGAUGCGGAGAGCAAGACCCCACCUUUGGAUGCCUCACCCGAGUCCAGCCUUGGGCACACAGGACAAGCAGAGGGUGGAUGCGACCAUGCAGAGGUUUCCAGCAAGGCAGAGGAGGAAGAUCCAGACUCAGAAAACGAGAAGCUGGUGGUGAGAGAGCCGGAGGAUGAGGAGGCUACAGAUGAGCCGUUCUCUUUUAAAUACAGUCCUGGAAAGCUGAGGGGAAACCAGUACAAGUCAAUGAUGACCAAAGAGGAGCUUGAGGAAGAACAAAGGGUUCAGAGAGAGCAGCUGGCUGCCAUCUUCAGGCUCAUGAAGGAAAAAAAGUGACACAUUUGGAGAGAUGUCUGAAGGAGACAUGAAGGAGCAGCUUAGGCUGUACGAUAUAUAACCGUGCAGCCAGUGGAGACUAUGUCCAAAGGUCAUCUCGGUCCAUAUUAUGCAGCACACCGGACUAUAAACUUGUUUCAGUAGUUAUUUUGCAGUUUCUAGUUUGUUUCGCAAAUGCAUAAAGGUCUGUGCUAAAUAUUUCAAAGACAUAAUUUCUCACCUUUUAUCAUUUUUCCUUGAUGAUUUAUUGUGGUAUUUUGGUCUCAUACAGAGAUUUUUUACCUCUUUCUGCUGGAUCAUAUGUCUCAGUCAGACAAGUAGUUAAAGUCAUAACUAUUUUCUGGCCACACUUUAUAAAAAUAAACUUUCAAACCUUUAACCGAAAGCCAAAGAUUAUAGAUACAGAAUAUAAUAGAUGUAGAAAACAAUAGAAUUGUAGAAUAACUGAGGUUGGAAGGGACCUAAGGAAGGCUGUAGUCCAGCCUCCUGCUCAAAGCAGCAUCAGCUAUUAGACCAAGCCAGGUUACUCAGGGCUUUAUCCUGUCGAGCCUUGAAAGCCUCCAACAAUGGAGACUGCACAACCUCUCUUGGCAGAGAGGCUUCCAGGCCCACAGUUAGAAAAUUAAUAGCCAAAGCCAUGGCAUUAGUGUGCCAAUUAAAGGUGAGUUGCUGUCCUCAUCUCCUUGGAAAGAACACUUCAUCCUCCUUCAUGCUGGCUUUCGGAAACAAAUCUGAGGUGGUUCCAGUCAACCCUGUUGAGCUCAUCUUCAUGCCUGAGAAACUAGCAGCUAACUUCAGCCUGGAAACACAAACAUCCCUUCACCUCUUGGCACUGGUAACAGUAGUCCAGAAAGGUGCCUGGCAUUUUGACAAGGAUGAUUGUGUCCAAUUCUGUCCCAUUUUCAUAAAAUAAAAAAGUAUGUGGGGAAACAACAUACUCAGGAAAGCUCUGUGAGUUUAUCAAGUAUUUUGCACAGUUCAGACUGACCCUUGGAGGUUUGGAUAGAGUAAACCAACAAGCGUUCUUAAUUUUAACUGAACGUUUCUGGUAUACUUCUCUUGCCUAAGAAAUCCUGUUAAAUGCUUUAUUAUCAGGAAGAAUUUGCUCAUUUGUAAUAACUGCCAAACAGAGGGAGGCAACAUUUUCUGACCCAGCUUUAGGGAACAAUUGCUUAAAAGAUUAGGUUUGCUUUAUUUUGUGUAAUCCUUUUGGAUGGGAGAAACCAAAUAUCUCAUUAUCUGCUCACUGUUUCCCACUACAGUGUAUUCUGUAACAAUGAACUAUUUGACUUCUAAGAAUAAAUGCAUCUUCUAAUUGUUUUCACUCAGGUGAAGGCACACUUAUUAUGAAAUCAAGCUGGUUUUACUACCAAGUCAUGACUUAAUCUAAAUUUAAUGUCUGAAAAUUACCUCUUCUUAUUCAAUGUGGAAGAAUUAAGUGGCAAAAGGACUCUCAUGAUGUGAAACCUCAUGCAGGCUGCCAGCUUGCUGUGUCCAUAAGCCACAAUUUCCUUCGUCAAAGGUGAAAGGGAAGAAAUUUGCAUGUGGGACUUCUCCCUCAUUCAAAACUCAAAGCAAGAUCUUUUCUAAAGCUCUUCUUAAAAGCAAGCAAAGGAGAGUUAAGGCGUAGUUGAUUUUUAGUGUUUGUCUUGUAGACUUUACAGAAUAUUUUAUAGUGCUGAGGCCCUUCGUAACAUGGAACCUUGGCGUCUUGCGAGCCCCAGCCACUGCUACCUCUGCUCCCUCGGGAUGGCUCCUGUGGCUGGAAGCAGCUCAUGCCUGGCCAUAUCAGCUCCCCCAGGAUUCACUCCCACAGCCAGGAACCAGCUCAUGCCUGGACAUGCCUUAUUCCCUGGAAUCGCCCCGUGUGGCCAGGAGAAGCUUG